GUGACAUAUGCAAAAUACGCCCACGCUACACAUUUUCAGAUUCUUGAAAGAACAAAUGGUUCUCAGCUUGCCACCACCUCACUAGCAUUUCUUUCCUUUCCUUCUCUCUGUUUCCACUAUUUUCCAUCGAUAAAUCACAGUGAAUAUUUUCACUUCAUUCGAUCAAACAUAUCACAAUUCUUUGCCUUCGAUUCGUAGGAAUUAGAGUUAGGAGGUACGCAAGAGAAGAUGGCUCAGUUGCUUUCCCCUGUUCGUACAGAUUCCAUCAAACUCCAGAGUCAUGUACACAAUUCAAUAACUGGAAUCAAGCGGCCUACUUUAGACAAUACUAAAAGUAGAAGUUUGAGGUCUCAUGGUGGAUCGAGGUGGAGAGGCUUUGGCAGCAUUAGAGUUACUUACCAAGACUCUGCUGCAGCUGACGAUCUCGCUGAUGAUUACUACGCUGUUUUAGGCCUGCUUCCAGAUGCUACAACUGAAGAAAUAAAGAAAGCAUAUUAUAAUUGCAUGAAAGCUUGCCAUCCAGACUUGACGGGUGAUGAUGCUGAUACCACAAACUUCUGCAUGUUUGUCAAUGAAGUUUAUGAGGUUCUAAGUGAUCCUGCACAAAGGCUAGUGUAUGAUGAGAUUCAUGGUUAUGCUGCCACAGCUAUUAAUCCUUUCUUGGAUGAAUCUUCCUCAAAAGAUCAUGUUUUCGUUGAUGAAUUUAGCUGCAUAGGUUGCAAAAACUGUGCCAAUGUGUGUUCAACGGUGUUUGGUAUUGAGGAAGACUUUGGAAGAGCUAGAGUUUAUAAUCAAUCUGGAAGUCGGGAACAAAUUCAACAAGCUAUCGAUAGUUGCCCAGUUGAUUGUAUCCACUGGACUUCAGCUGCACAGCUAUCUUUGCUUGAAGAUGAAAUGCGAAGAGUGGAAAGAGUAAACGUAGCCUUAAUGCUUUCGGGAAUGGGCUCGGCAUCAAUUGAUGUUUUCAGAAUGGCAAGCACUCGAUGGGAAAAGAGACAACUAAAAGUCCUGGAAAAAGCUAAAUAUAGGAUGGUGAGGCAGAAAGAAUAUGAUAAAACAGAUCCAUACUGGAGCUACAUUUGGGGAAAGCCCAUGACCAAUGAAAACACAGAGGAGGAAGCAGACAAACGAGCAAAUCGAGCUGCUGCUGCUGCCCGAAGAUGGAGAGAGUACUCUCGGAGAGGGGGUGUUGACAAACCUCCCAUCUAUAAUCUUCCAGAGGUGUCUUCCAAGGAUAGCUGAAGAAGAAAUUGCAACGAUGACUCUUCUUCGGAGCGAACUUGGCGGAGAGCAUCAACAAGCUUCCAAAUCCUACGAGCUUUCAAAUCGAUCGCUCCAUCUGAUCUUUCCCUUGGUGGCGGCGACAGUCCAUAAGAAGUCUCCUGAAUAGUAUAUGUCAACCACGGUAGAUGUAGUCUCAUUUCUUUGACGGACUUGACAGAGAACAUCCAUAAGCUUCGUCGAGUAGAUCUGUUGGGCAGCCUCACUCUGCGACCUGAGUCCAUCCACACAUGUAGGUAGCGUCUGAUCCCGAUCUGAAUCGCCGGUUUUCCUCCGCUUCUUCGCUGAUAGGUUUGAGCUGACAUUAGGAUUUGUGAUCUAAGAUGAUAAUUCCAUUGUAUCAAUCAGAGAAGUCCAUGAGUUUCUGAAGCAGAACGCUCCUCUAUAUUUGUGGUAUUACAGACCGGAACUUGGAAGCAGGAAUUUAGAGAUUCAAUAGCAACCGAAAAUUGAAGUGCAUGAGUAGACAAUAAUUAGUCCUUAAUGGCAUAUGCACAGUCAGUGGACUCGGGCCGGUUCGGGCCCGGUUCGGGCCUGGGCCCGGCCGGGCCUCGGUUCUAGGAAGGCAGGCCCGGAACCGGCCCGGAUAACCCCGAGUCCGGUUCGGUUCGGGUCACCCGCCCGGCGGGCCGGGCCGGGCC